CUUGGGGCACAUUAUUAUUAAGAUAAAAUUCCUCAUUUCAUAACUUUUGUUUUGCCUCCUAGCUUUCUUCCUCUUACUCUAAGCUAUUAAGCUCUCCCUCUCUGUCUCCCUUUCUCUCUCAUAGCUCCUUUGCUUCCGUUUCAGAUCUACCCAGUUGGAGUUUGUUGGAAAUGGGACGCGGUGUUAGCAGUGGAGGUGGACAGAGUUCAUUGGGCUACUUGUUUGGAAGUGGAGAGGCUCCUAAGCCAGCGGCUAAUAAUCCUCCUGCCAAUACUAGUGCUGCACCGGCUGUAAAAGAUGCACCAAAGCCUGUUGUUAAUUCCCAGCCUGUAGAUUUUAAGAAUGUUCCUGCUGGUGUUAAUAAUAAUAUAAACAACUAUCACCGUGCUGAUGGUCAGAACACUGGCAAUUUCAUCACGGACCGACCCUCGACCAAGGUUCAUGCUGCCCCAGGUGGUGGAUCUUCUUUAGGUUAUUUGUUUGGUGGUGGUAGUAAGUAGUAACUAGCAAGACUAAAUGGCCACCAUUUCAAAUAUGGAUAUCCAAGUGUUGAGUUUGUUUAAAGGUUGUUAAAUCUUCUAUUGUUGAUGCUCAAAAAAUGUGGAUUAAUAUCAUGUAAUCAAACUUGUAGAUUUGGUGUUUUCUGAGAAUUUCUUUUAUGUUUCAAAGAAUCACUGUUCUUAGUGACCCAGAAACAAAGCUUUUUCUGUUACAGGCUUCUAAA